GACCCCUUCGCGAGGGAGGGCCUGCCCGCCGACGUGGGCAUGAACCCGCACCGCUGGCUGACGCAACGAGGCGACGCACCCGCGACCCCAAACCCCGGACACGCUCGCAUCACCGAGACCCCCACCCUGCACGUCGUUAUCCCCCGCUACCGUCUCUUCGCGAACAGCUCCCAAGUUCAAGUCGACGCGGCGCUCGCUGAGCCCAAGAAGUGGGUGGUCCUCGUGCCUUAUGGCGCUGGGCGCAGCUUCAAUGCCAAGGUCACCCACUUCGGGGACAGUGUGCUUGCCCUCCUUCGCACCUUCCUCUUUGGCACGCAGACGGAGCCCGAGGACAUGGAGAUCGUAAAGAUCCUCCCCGCGUCGAACAACGCGCAGCUCGCCGGCGAGAACACCUCGUACCAGCAGCCGUGGGGGUGGUUCCUCCGAUGCGGCGAAGACCUCCACAAGUGGCUGCUCUGGAAGGAGCGCAUCUCAGCGGGCAUCGACAAGACGUUCGCGGUCUACUCCCUCGAGACCUUCGAGGACUCGUGGAAGAUUGCGACUCUGUCCGGCGACGUGAUCUCGGCGGACGCGAAGGGCGAGCGCAUGUGGGACAUUCUCGGCCAUGUCAAGAACGCUUGCUGGAACGAAAAGCGUUUCCGGAACUUUGUCAUUGACGUGAGCCGCCAGAACAACUUCACCGGCACCCACGACGAGCUCAUGACCCUCGCCACGAACUCGUGGGAGCUCGUACCCGCGGAGCAUAAGGACGACAAGGGCAAGACCACCCGCGUGUACAUCCUAACCGGCCGCCCGAUCUCGCUCGACGACAUGGUGCGCCAGACUUGGAUCGCCCUCAUCAAUGAUGUCAAGAUCUGGGUCGGACUGCACAAGAUCGACACGAAGGCGUUCCAGAGCAAGAUAAGCUGCACGUGGUGCAAGUCCGACAUGCACUGCGCCCACACUUGCCCAGUCGCGCAGGUCGAGGAUUGGUACGGCCCU